AACCCCUCUACUUACCAAAGGAUUAGUGUCUAUACAUUUUUUCUUUAUUUAACCUUAAUUUAAGUAGGCACGUCAGCUAUAUGGGAGUAGCCUAUUAGCAUUCAGAGAGUGAAACACAUAUGUAACACAUAGAACGAGUUUUUCUGCUGUUUUAAUUUCCCUCCUAUUUUAUCCUUAUGCAUAAGAUUCUAGGUAGGAUUGUUAUAUCAAUGUGGUUCCUGAGAUGACUACGCAUUGUGAUAUGAGUAAUUUGCGCCGAAAAUGUGUAUCUGGAACGCACCCAGAAUCUACGCAUUCUACGUUUCUCGACUGUUUACUAGCCAUCGGACUACGAUUUGGAAACAUUGCCUAAAACGCCAAUACGGUGGUAUUUUAUUCACAAAAUGACCAAGUUGAAGCUGCUAAAUGUGUUUUUAAGUGAGAGAUUAGCUGCAGCUGCUAAAGAAAUAUUUAUAGAGGUGGAAAAUAUUUUAAUCGAAUACCAGGAAGAAAUCACUCGUUCAAAGGCAGAGAAUGACCGUCUUCGCGGGCUACUGGACGUCGCUUUCCAGUUUACGCCAGCACAACAGCCCAUUCAGCUUAUAGCCUCUGAUGAGGAGGUUUCCCCUAAGCAUCAGCAGCACUGUGAACAAGAGUGGAGCCCCAGUCUGGGCCAGGAGGACCCAGAGCCAACACAGUUUAAAGAGGAACAGGAGCUCAGGAACAGUCAGUUGGAAGAUCAGUUUCAAGGGCUGGAAUCGGAUACAGAAUCCAUAUUCACUCCUUCCUGUGUGAAAAGUGACUAUAAUCAGGAUUCGCCUCAGCCCUUAAAUCUUUACCAAAUUCAAACUGUGGAGGUUGGAGAGGGAAACUCUCCAUCUCUCCCCGCCAACAAAACUGAAGCAAUCAAACCAGAACCCGAAGGAGAGGGCUUUGAAAUAUCCAAACCAAGCAAUCCACAAUCCUUCUAUGCCAUGAAUCUAGACAAUGCUGAAGCUCAGAGUGAAAAUGGUAUAUAUUUCAAUGAGAUAGACAGUGAUGGACUUCCCUCUGAGUUUGAGGUACCACAGCCAAAUCAACCAAGGAGUGCCAGGAGAGGGCAAAGAAUAUGCACAGCGAAGACUGUGAAAAAGAACCCUGAUGAGAAGCCGUACCAGUGCAACGUCUGUGGGAAAAGUUUUCAUCACAUGUCUAAACUUAGAACACAUCUAAGGGUACACACAGGAGAGAGGCCAUUCAGCUGUCCAGAGUGUGGGAAAUGUUUCAGCCAGUCUGGCGAAGUCAACAGACACCUUAAAACACACAAUCGGCACAGGGCCUAUUUAUCCGGCCUAUGAGGGAGAUGCACCCUCUCUCGUGUCGAACUAUGAAUAAAAAAUAAUAAAGAUUGCUGUUUUUUGUUUGAAAACAAGUGUUCUUGCUAUUUAUUUAUAGCGGUGGGAGAUAUUAUGCCUACCAUUCCACUCAGUUCAGCAGGACAGCAUUUGUCCUGUGGCAGUUGAAAUAGCAUUAGCCAAAAUUGACCCCAAUUGUUAUACAGUCUUGUUUACCAAUGUACACAUGAAAUCCAUUCAGAAACAUAUUUAGACUGACUCAGUUUUGGCACUCAUUGGACCAUAAAUGUAGGCCUAAUCUCUGUUCAUGUUGUGGUAUGAAUAGUGUUGCUUAAAACAGAAAAUGUGACUAUUGUACAUGAAUGUCUUUAUUGCAUAUUUUGUGGCGUUUCAACAUGUCUGUUUUCCAUUGGGGUGUUUCAUAGCCAUUAGUAUUGCUUGACUUGGACUUGCUACGUCAAUCUGAAGGCCCUUCAGAUCUUGGACCCUGGAGAUCACAGGACAGGGCAUGGUCGAAAAAUGUCCUAAACAUUCAUUGCACUGCUAGCCAACUGUAUUUUAAAACAUUUUUGAUUUGGAAUCAGGGAGAUAAUCACAGAGAUCCUAUAAAAAAUCUAUGGAUUCUAAAGGAAUGCUAAUCUUAUCAAACUGUUUAUCGCUCAACCACACAGACCAUGUGUUAUGUUGUUCUUGCAUUGGUUUACGCAUGGACAUGAACUGUAUUUAUAUUACUUUAGCAAAUUCCGGUGGUAGCCUCAGCCGGGACUCAAACCCGAUUCAAGCGACUGUCAAGCCAAAACAUUAACCGUUAAGCCAAGUGGGCCAAACCUCUUGAAUUGGGUUGAUAGGUGUUGGGUUAAGGUCACUGCACUAACCCCUUCGGGAGAGCAUGUCCCCACACUUCUAUGUACCGAGUCCCUCACGUGGAUACGCCUCUCCGAUGGCCCUACAGGCUUCCAUCCUACUUCUGACACCAGUGUAGCAAAUUUGGGGGGUAUCCCUGACCAGGACUUGGUCCGGCCCGGGUCCAGCGACUGUAAAGCCAACACCUUAAACGUUAAAGGGAUACUUCAAGAUUUUGGCAAUGAUGCCCUUUAUCUACUUCCCCAGAUGAACUCGUGGAU